AUGUAUCAAGUCUUUACCACGACUCUCCUCACCGAUAAAGGCAAGCAAUAUGCACAGAAAAUUUACAAUCAACUUGCUAAAGCCUACACUAAGUCUGUUAAAGCUGAUGCCAACGCUACUGGACUUCUACGAUGGAUUAUGACCGCUAAACUUGAUGAUUCAUGGCGUAACACACAUGAAUCAUUCAUCAUCCAUUGGCAAGAACAAGUACGCAAAUACCACACCUUGGCAGACAUUAGUCAAAGGAUGCCCAAAACCCAGCAACACCUGCUACUCAAACAAGCCCUUAUUGCUGUCCCUUAUCUCGAUGAGAUUCAGAGACUCUCUAGGAUUCUCGAGAUGCAAACGGGUAAGGAAAUCAUUUUUGACGACUAUGUCACACUGGUGGAAUCUGCAGCCCAAAGUUACGACACUCGCCAAGUCUCCAAGCCUAAGCCUAAAAAUAUUCCUAGUAGAGAUGUCUACUUUACUGGUGUUGAUUCCGGCUUAGACGAUGACAACCUCGAUGUCGAAUUUAACAUUGAUACUGAUAUUGGACAGCUUCCUGAUAAAGCAACGGCUGUUAUUCUUGGAGCAUCUUCCGAUCCCGCACAACCGCCACCGCCCCCACCUCCGCCACCGCGCCGUUCGGUCCAUCUUCAUGACCUCUCGGAUGCUGAACUCCUAGACCACUUGCAGGAUGCAAGCAUGGGGAGUGCUUCUGGUGCUCUUCCUCCUGAAGUGGUUGAUAACGCCAGAGACAGCAUCUUAUCGCAUGUGACUGAACGUCGAUCUCUCAAACCUGGAGACAUAAAGCGUUUGAUGUCGGAUGAGCUUGCUGAUGUGCCCUCCAACCCCAAGGGCAAGCAGAAAGCCAAGCAACACGAGAUGAUGAUAGAUGGUAAAACCUAUAGUUCUGUCAAUACAGCUACUAUCCGUUACUCUGUUACUAGUCAUAUCAACACUCGUAAGCAAGAACUAGGCCUCUGUGACCGAGGAGCAAAUGGUGGAAUUGCUGGUGAUGAUGUUAUCAUCUUGUCUCAAAUGAAUCGUACUGUAGACGUUCAAGACAUAGAUGAUCAUCAAGUAACGGAUGUGUCCAUCAAACCACUACCGCAUAUUGUCUUCACCUAUGACAAGAAUUGGGAUCCUGAUGUCCUAGAUUCCAGAGUGGGUGACUUCCACAAAUGGGCCAACUGUACCCCUGACAAUGGAUUGGAGGAAGGAUUGGAGGAAGGAUUGGAGGAAGCCAAGAGCCAAUUCGAUCAAGUAGAUAUCCUUAAGAGUAAUAAAACUAUAACAACGCCAAAGGAUUCUAUUUUAGAUGACGCUCUACACUUCUUUGAAACUUCUGAGUACGGAUCACCAUUUGAUGAACCACAUGAGGAUUCUGAAUGUACCGAUACUGGAACAGAUUUUCCAGAUACUGGCACGGAUUGUUUUGACUACAACAUGGUCAAGUCGUACUGUCCUGAUCCGUACUAUAUUGAUUCUCCCAUCCCCAUUGUGCUCAAAGUCAACCAGUCGUAUAGGCGCCCAAGUCUUCUACUUGUUCCUGACGCCUCCAUCAAGUUUGAUGUUUAG